CAACAGGAUUGUUAAUUAAUUACUUUUCUCAACUGAAUUUUCUAUGUAAUGAUCUGAUUGAAAAUAUAAAUUUUAUAAGUCUGUAUCAUUUGAAUUUUAGUUUAUUAAUAGAUUGUUUUUUAGAACUUUUAGUUUUUGCUAUAAUUUUUCAGGUAAGUUUGUUUUGGGUAAUAACUCUAAAUUAAAAGUUUAUGGGUAGCAAGAUUUGUAUUAUUGGUAAUGUAGACUAUGGUAUAAUCUAGAGUUUUUAGCGCAUUUUUUGGUAUAGUUUUUCUGGUAAAUGUAUUUUAGGUAAUAACUCUAAAUUUUGAUUAAGGUCGGUUGAAGUUAUUUUUCUAUAAUUUAUUCCAUUUUAAAAAUAUAUAUGUUUUGAAGUCUUCACAAGAAAAAGUAACUUAAAUUUUAAUUAAAAAUACAUUAUCUUUAGAGAACUUGCAUCAUGUACACAAAUUUUUUUUCCUAAUUAGAUAAAUAUUCUAAAUCCCAGAGGAUGUUACCUUGAUGGCUAGACACCAAAGUUUUAGAUUGCUAAUAUCCAUAUUCUUUUUGUAUUAUGAACCAGUUGACACUUAUUUUUAAUUAAUUAUUUUUAUUAUUUUGUUAAUCAUAAUUCAAUAAAUGCAAUUAAAUUUUAAAAAAAUUACAACUACUAUUAUUGUCUGAUAAAAAUAUAUUAAAAAUUCAAAACUCUAUACUUUAAAAGAAAAAUAACAGUCAUUUUGAAAUAGAAGAAGUAUUAAAUAAAGUGAGUUUGACACUUUUUUAUUUUGAAUAUUAAUUUAUCCGAAAUAAUUUAAUUUAACAGAUUUUUGCAUUUUUGUAUAAUUAUUACACAAAUACACACUCAUUGGUCGUCAUUACAGAGCUUUGAGCUUUGAGCUUUGAGCUCCGAAGCAGAUUAAAUAUGCAUAGUGGAAGCAAUCGUUACUUAGCGAAUCUCUUACGUCUUUGCAAAGAUCAAAAGUGCAAACUUUCCGGGAAAGUCAUUCAUGGGUCCAUCCUUCGGACUGGAUUUUCCAUCGACACUUAUCUCUGCAAUCGCUUACUAGAUUUAUACUGCGAGUGUGGUGAUAAAGGUUAUGCACGCAAGGUGUUCUACGAAAUGCCUGUGAGAGAUGUUUACUCGUCGAAUGCUUUCUUGACGUUUUGUUGUAAAGUUGGGAACUUGGGUGAAGCCACUAAGGUGUUUGAUGCAAUGCCUGAGAGAGAUGUAGUGUCGUGGAACAACAUGAUUAGUGUAUUGGUUCGUAAAGGUUUAGAGGAGGAAGCGUUGGUUGUUUAUGAGAGGAUGGUUUCUCAAGGUUUUUUGCCUUCUCGGUUCACGCUAGCUAGCGUUUUGAGCGCUUGUAGCAAGCUUUUGGAUGGUGUUACCGGUAUGAGAUGUCACGGGGUUGCUGUUAAGAUUGGUCUUGAUGGUAACAUUUUUGUUGGCAAUGCGUUGUUGUCUAUGUAUGCUAAGUGCGGGCUUAUGGUUGAACAUGGUGUUAGGGUCUUUGAAUGUUUCCCUGAGCCUAAUGAGGUCUCUUUUACCGCUGUGAUCAACGGGUUAGCUCGGGAGAAUAGAGUUUUGGAGGCAGUUCACAUGUUUAGAUCGAUGUGCGAGAAAGGUGUCAAGGUGGAUCCUGUUUGCUUGUCUAAUAUUCUCAGAAUCUCUGCUCCAAGAGAAGAAUGUGAGAGCUUGAAUGAAAUCAAUCGCAAUGUGCUGGGUAAACAGAUCCAUAGUCUCAUGUUGAGACUUGGGUUACAAGGAGAUCUUCAUCUGAGCAAUUCUCUGCUCGAAACUUAUGCAAAGAAUGGAGAUAUGAAUGGUGCAGAGUUGAUUUUUACUGAGAUGCCUGAAGUAAAUAUUGUCUCUUGGAACAUUAUGAUAGCUGGGUUUGGUCAGGACUAUCAAAGUCACAAAUCAAUUGAGUAUUUAAAGAGAAUGAGAGAGUCUGGUUUUGAACCGAACGAAGUUACAUGCACUUCUGUUCUUGGAGCGUGUUUUCGUUCAGGGGAUGUUGAAACCGGUAGGAGUAUAUUCAGUAGCAUGCUUAACCCUAGUGUUACCGCUUGGAAUGCUUUGCUCUCUGGCUACUCCAAGUUUGAACACUAUGAGGAAGCAAUCAACCAGUUCAGAGAAAUGCACCUUCAGCAUCUGAACCCAGAUAGAACAACUUUGAGUGUGAUACUAAGCUCAUGCGCGAGAUUGAGGUUUCUGGAAGGAGGGAAACAGAUCCACGGUGUAGCGAUAAGGAACAAUAUCUCUAGGAACAGUCACAUAGUUAGUGGUCUUAUUGCAGUGUACUCUGAAUGUGAGAAGAUAGAGAUCUCUGAACAUAUCUUUGAUGAUUGUACAACAGAACUAGAUAUAGCUUGUUGGAACUCCAUGAUGGCAGGUCUCAGUCGCAACUCGCUUGACACAAAAGCUUUAAUGCUAUUCAGAAGAUUGCUUCGGACUGGUGUGUUGUUUCCUAAUGAAACUUCAUACGCUACUUUAUUAGGCAGCUGUUCGAGGUUAUGUAGUUUGCUCCAUGGAAGACAGUUUCAUGGACAUGUAGUGAAGAGCGGAUAUGCAAGUGAUCCCUUUGUUGAAACCGCUCUUACGGAUAUGUACAGUAAGUGCGGUGAAAUAGACUCGGCUCGAGAGUUGUUUGAUACCGUGUUGGUUAAAAGCAUAGUUCUUUGGAACGAGAUGAUACACGGGUAUGCUCAUAACGGACGAGGUGAUGAAGCUGUUGGUCUCUACAGAGAGAUGAUAUCAUGGGGAGAGAAGCCCGACCGGAUAACUUUUGUCUCUGUGUUGACUGCUUGUAGCCACUCAGGACUGGUGGACACCGGGCUGGAGAUACUCAGUUCCAUGCAGAGAGAUCAUGGUAUUGAGCCGGAGCUGGAUCAUUAUAUAUGCAUAGUUGAUUGUCUUGGAAGAGCUGGCCGGCUUGAAGACGCAGAGGCGCUUGCAGAAGCUACACCAUACAAAAACAGCUCUGUUCUAUGGGAGAUUCUGCUUAGUUCAUGUAGAGUCCAUGGUGAUGUGAGCUUGGCUAGACGAAUCGCAGGGAAACUCGUAGCUCUGGAUCCUCGGAACUCAGCAACUUAUGUGCUGCUAAGCAACAUAUAUACUUCUGUGAGACGGUGGGAUGAAGCUGCAGCUCUUCAAGGGUUGAUGAACAAGAACAGAGUGUAUAAGACUCCAGGUCACAGCUGGAUCAUAGAGAACAAUAAUAGCUUGUAAAUGUAAAACAUAAUGUAGAUUAAAGAUUGUACCAGCACAAUAACUAUUGUAUUCUCAGAAAGCUCUCAAUCUCUGGACACUCACUCCAGGUUAUUUAGUAUUA